UGAUCAGUUUGUCCCACCGGCGUUUUAUUCCGUUAGCGGCAGAAGGUCGUCCGUAUUUAGAUGGUAAUCGACAAUACUCCAAACAAAAAUUAACCAAAGUUAUUGAAUGUAGUUGCAAUUGGGGGGCUGCAGACGUGGAGUGAUGUGAGUACUGCUGAAAACAAGAGAAACGCGGCUAUACGUCGCGUUUGUUCGGGCUCGUAAUGCAGCUGCGCUAGCUAGGUUAGCUAACGUUAGCACUUGACUACAGUAGACUAACUAACUACGUGAAUGGACUGCUAAAAACGACAGGCGACGUCGCUGAAGUGAAGAUAACGUUAGUCGGCACGCCGGUGAAUGCUCAGGUAUUUUCGCAGGUCAGAAUUAAGUAACGCUACGUGUGAAAUUAUAUAACCGGACUAAAGCAGGGGUUUUGGCCUGGAUCCGUGAACCCCUCUGUCCUCGGUCUUGAACCAGACCCCCGGCUCAGAUUCUCAAACCAAGGAACCCUAGUUCUUGAGCUGAGUGUCUGGUUUGAUGGCAGCCACGGCUUAUGCCCGGCGAUUACCCAUGGGUGUCCGGACAUUCAGUGACUUUCUCCAUAUUGCCACUAUAGGCUCACCUCGUUCAUGUCGUACAGCGGUACCAAGAGCAUGCCUGCGGCAAAACAUCAGACACUUGUCAUCAUGUGGCAUUUUGAUGACAAGAACUCCCAGUGUGCUUUGCCUUCAAGACUGGGACACAAUGACAAAUGUUCCACAAAACAGAAACUUCAUCAGCCUUGCCAACAAAAGGCAGCAGUACUCAGAGCGUCGGAUACUGGGGUAUUCUAUGCAGGAAAUGUAUGAUGUGGUGGCAAAUGUUGACGAGUACAAGCACUUUGUGCCCUGGUGUAAGAAGUCCCAGACCAUCAUGAAAAGAGCAGGCCACUCCAAAGCCCAGCUUGAAGUGGGUUUCCCUCCAGUAGUGGAGAGGUACACGUCUAUGAUCAGUAGUGUCCGGCCUCAUCUCGUCAAAGCAGUGUGUACAGAUGGGAAGCUGUUCAAUCACCUUGAGACAAUAUGGCGCUUUAGUCCAGGCCUUCCUGGGUACCCUCGCAGCUGCACGGUAGACUUCUCUGUAUCCUUUGAAUUCCGAUCUUUGCUGCACUCCCAUUUAGCCACCAUGUUCUUCGAUCAGGUUGUAAAGCGGAAUGUUGCUGCGUUUGAGAAGCAAGCCGGUAUGCUCUAUGGCCCAGAGACUCCUAUCCCACGGGAGCUGAUGUUUCACGAGGUGCGUCAGACGUGAUCUCAGCAGCAGCGUGCCCUUGUCUUGGCCUUAAACCAUGCCCACCUUUAUUACCUUAGUCCACUCAGCCCUGCAUGAUGAUGCUUAACUGCCCCCCUGCUUCAAGUAUCCACCACUACAUAGACAUCAUAGCGGCUCCUGAAGAUGUUAGACUUCCAGCUCUGGUCCACAACAUGCUGGAUUAUCAUUAAUUCUUGUUAGUCCAGCCUCAGCAGACUCUUGGUUCUCUACCUCCUCCUUAUGUUAAGUCUGUCCAUGAAGGAACCUGCCAGUGCUCUUGGUCUGUGGCUGUUACAAGCUGUAUUUAUGUAAACAAAACAGUAAAUCCUUGCAACAUCUUAUUACCAAUGCCAGAGAGUCUUAUUUAAAUGAACAGAACAGUGACACUGACCUAAACAGACUUGAAAAUGUUUUGUUUUAUAAAAGGCACUGAGGCCCACUGAUCCAGGCUUACAGUUCACUCUGACCUGAGGGUGCUAUGCCACACUGGCACAUUAUCAAGUCGGAGUGACCACUUUUUACCUUUUCUUGAGCACUUCAGUCUGCUGGUUCUGCUGUAUUAGUCUACUGUUUGCCUUUACUUUUACUAUUUCCUUUGAUUUCAGAGGAAGUUUAAAUAUAUAGUUGCGACCUUGGUAGAAAAUGAUCAUUCAUUUAAUACUUUUUAAUUUAUCAGUAGUUGUAUGCAAAUUUUUAUUGUUAUAUUGGGGUUCAAAUUGAAUGUGCCAUGUUCCAUUAACUGUGGCCUCAAUUGACUUUGGAAGAUUAUCUUGAAUCUGGCUUUUGUUGUGCUGUGAGACAGUGAGUCCACCAGUUUUAAUGCCUUAAUUUACAGCCCAGCACUAUUAGUAAGUGUUAGGUAAUUAAUAGAGGCGGAGGCAGGUUAACUUUGCACAGACAAGAGCACCUGAACAAAAGUGUGGACAGGCUGGAGAGUGCUGUGAAAUACGAUGGAUGGGGUUACAACAAAAAUGUCACAGAGCUUAGGAACGUUUGUGGUUGAUGAUUAGUUUGAUUUUACACACACAAAAUGUUAAAGACUAGAAAUUAAAGAUGGCAUUUGUAAUGUCAUAACAGAACACCCAGACAACAUUUAGUCCUGCUUCAAAUCAUGUACAUACCAGAUGUCUAAAGUAAGCAGUUACUGAGUUUGACAUUCUGUGCCAAAGUCUGGGGUGAAAAUCAUGGGUGAAAAUAAUUCUGUUGAUUACUUUGCUGAAAACUAGCAAUUUGUAACAAACAUUCAAGCAUGUACCAGGUAUAAGCAAAUUGAUAUUGGAUUGUGUGUAAAAAUGUGUGUUGUUAUAUCAACUGUUUUAUAUGCUUGAAAGAAUAAAUCAAAUCAAAUCAAAUCCAAAUCAAAUGUAGGAGCAUCCCUGUUAGGCGUUUUGUGAAGGCCACCAGGAGGAUGUUACUGGUCUCCGUGUAAAAUACACUGGUGAACCGUAGAAUAAAACAUUCUCCAUCAUUUA